AUGAUUCUCCCGCUGCAGACUCUGGCUCUGGGUGCCGCCUUCGCUUUGACAAGUCUUCCACUCGCUCAAGCCUUGAGUGCUAGCGAUAUUCCCGCCGACGUCCCUGUCUCGCAAUUGAUUUCAUCCGCUACCGCUGCUCUCGCCCAAGGCAACGGCCAGGAUGCCUUGACCUACUACGACGUCGCCAUCACUCGUGAUCCUCAGAACUAUCUCACCAUCUUCCGCCGAGGUGCUGCCUAUCUCCAGCUCGGAAAGCACUCCCAGGCCAGCCACGACUUCGACCGCGUCCUAUCCAUCAAGCCUACUUUCGAAGGUGCUCUAGUCCAGCGAGCAAAGAUCAAGAGCAGGAACGGUGACUGGGCUGGUGCAAAGACCGACUACGAGACCGCUGGAAAGAAAGAUGGAGACGAGAUUCGCGAACUGCUCGACGCUCAAAAUGCUGCCACUUUGGCCAAGAAGGCAGAAAAAGAGGGUCACUGGGCUGACUGUACUGCACAAGCCGACAUUGCAGUCUUGGUCGCUGCAGCUGCUAUGGAUCUGAGACACACUCGAGCAAAGUGUCGGUUUGAGAAGGGCGAUAUUGUCGAGGCUCUUAGCGACCUGAUGCACAUCGCUCAGGUUUCUUCUGGCUCGAGUGAACAUCUCCAAAUCUCUGCCACAUCAUUCUACGCUCUCAACGAACCUGUCAACGGUAUGGGCCAAGUCAAGAAGUGUCUCCACUCAGAUCCCGAUUCCAAGCCUUGCAGGAAACUCCUGAAAGCCGAAAAAGCCAUCGACAAGCAACUAAAGAAGAUGAAGGAAGCCAUGGAGAAGAGGAGAUACGUAAACGCUGUCAACAUGCUGGUCCCCACCACCGACGACGAGGGACUUUUGAAGACCGUCAAAGAUGCCACACAGCAAUACCGCGAUGAGGGUCUCAUUCACAAGAACGCUCCCGACCGUUUGUACAAUGACUUGGUCGAAUUGACCUGCGAGGCUUACACGGAGAUGAACAACCUCAAGAAGGCUCAGCCGUACUGUGACGAGGCUUUGACCCACAACCCCAACUGUCUUCCAGCCCUGAUUGGCAAAGCUACACGCCAAAUAGACGCCGACGAGUUUGAACCUGCGAUCCAGACUCUCAACCAAGCCAAGGAACACCACCAGAACUCGCAAAAGGUCCAAGAACUGUUGCAGAAGGCUCACACAUUACUCAAGAGAUCGAAGCAAAAAGACUACUACAAGGUUCUCGGUGUUAGCAGAGACUCUGAUGAGCGAGAAAUCAAGAAAGCUUACCGCAAGCUGACAGUCCAGCAUCAUCCUGACAAGGCUGCGCAGAAGGGUAUCAGCCCCGAGGAAGCACAGAAGAAGAUGGCUGAGAUCAAUGAGGCAUACGAAGUUCUUUCAGACCCAGAGCUCAAGGCCAGGUUCGAUCGCGGCGACGAUCCUAACGACCAAUCUCAACAAGGCAACCCCUUCCAGGGCCAACCAUUUGGCUUCCCAGGCGGCGGUGGCCACCAGCAAUUCUUCCAUCAACGCGGAGGAGGUGGUGGUAACUUCCAAUUCAAGCAAGGAGGAUUCCAAUUCCCUGGCGGAGGCUUCCCAUUCUAG